AUGAUAAUAUUGAUUAUUUUAGUACUUAUGUCUGAGUCGACCCCACUUGUUAGUCUCAACAUCCACAAGAACAUCCCCACUUCAACUACAGCAUCUUCUCGCUUCCCUCAGUGCUGUGUUUCGCGUGCAGCUCACCUCCGAGUGCCAGUGAAAAUCGGCAACCACGACCACAAUCUCUCGGAAUUGUACGAUGUCACCAAUGCUAUUGGCUCGAUGACUAUCAAAGACACGGAUGAUCUUGAGGCCGACUUGCUUAUGGAACUCGCGAGAGCGAGACAAGAGGUAUUCAGAGCCGAGAAAUCGUUGGCUAAUUGCGUGGUCCGUGAGCAUGAAGUUUUGGCCAAUCUAUCGAAGUUCAAAUCCAGCAUAUCCAAGCGCAAACUUGACAAGGCAGACGUCGGAUUGGGAUACAUGCGGAUUGCCUUUAAAAAGCAUGGUCUUUCUCACCAGGCGCUUCCUCAUGCUCUGGAUGGUUCUUACAUCGAGUCGCAGGCCGCCAGUCAAAAUAUCACUAUCCAAUUGGAUUGA